CGAGUAGAGAUCUGAUCGGGCAAACUUGGUAUUAAUACCCCAUGUCUGAGGGACCAUGUGGGAUGAAGGAGGCCCAAACUUCCCUUAGGAGCUUCCACUGUUCGAACGCUGCACAGGAUGGUCAGCCCUGGUGUCCAAUAUCUGGUCACGAACCUUCCGACGAUCGUCUUCCCACUCGGGGCGCUUUGGUAUGCCACCAAUUGCUUAGAGGCUUACACCUCCGUCAACAUCCCUAGAUGGACAGUUGUUCUUGCCGCGGGCCUAAGUUUCCCUCUCCAUUCUGUGGUCACAUCCGCUGUUGCCGAUUUCAAGAACAGGAGAAGGGCUGCGGCCAUGGGUGCCGUCUUGGCCCCCACUGUUCGAGAUAAAUGGCCAUUCAAUCUAGGCAUCCUAGCGAGACUCAUUCGCAGCUUCUACGAUGGCUAUCCUGGCGAUUUUUUACUGGAGGUCAUCCCCAAGUAUGGGCACACGUUCUACCUCGCCGCAGGUUCUGACACUCGACUAUUAACUAUGGAGCCACACCACAUCAAGUCAAUUCUGGCCACAGAUUUCGAGUCCUGGGAGAAAGGCUCAAUCUUUCGUGAUUCCAUGAAUUCCGUCUUGGGGACCGGAGUUUUCAACGCUGAUGGUGAAAUGUGGAAGUUCCAUCGCAGCAUGACCAGGCCCUUCUUCAACAAGGAACGCAUAACCGAUUUCGACAUAUUCGACCGACACGCUUUGGACGCGAUCUCACAGGCGCAGCAGCGCUUGAAAGCUGGGUUUCCCAUUGACUUCCAGGAUUUGGCAUCCCGCUUCACGCUAGACUCGGCUGCCGAGUUUCUCUUUGGACAGGAUGUCCGCUCGCUGUCCGCCGGCUUCCCAUAUCCCCAAGGAUCACCGGAGGCGACAGUGUUCGACAAUUCCCACCACCCAUCGAAUCAGUUCUCGCACGCAUUUGGAGAGGCCCAGAGAAUGAUCGCUUUCCGCUCUUUCUUCGGCGCCCGGUGGAGGGCUGUCGAGAUGCGGAAAGACUCGACGAAGGACCAUAUGCAGAAAAUCAACGACUAUAUCAAUCCCAUCUUGAACGAAGCGGUUCGUCGGAAGAGGGAGUUGAAGGCCAUCAAGGGCGACCCUUCCCACUCUGCGGAGGCGGAGAAUAUGCUCGAACAUCUCGUCAACUAUACGGAAGAUCCUGUCGUACUUAGAGACGAAAUUCUCAAUAUCAUGAUUGCUGGUCGAGACACGACAGCAGCAACGUUAACAUUUGGUCUCUACAUGCUCUCUCGGCAUCCCGAGGUCUUUCGUAGGCUGCGCGCCGAAAUUAUUGGACAAGUUGGCAUGAGAAGACCUACCUACGAAGAAUUGAGAAAUCUAAAAUAUCUUAGGGCAUUUAUCAAUGAAACUUUGAGGCUCUACCCGAUAGUGCCCUUUGAUUUGAGAACUUCGACAAAGCCGACUGUCCUACCACCUACAACACCCGGACAGAAGCCCUUUUACAUCCCAGCGGGCACGAGAUGCCUGUAUUCUGUUUUCGUAAUGCAACGUCGGACAGACUUGUGGGGGCCGGACGCCCUCGAGUUCGACCCAGAUAGGUUCAUCGAUGAGCGUGUCCAGAAAUACCUCACGCCCAAUCCGUUCAUCUUUCUCCCAUUUAACGCCGGGCCAAGAAUAUGUCUAGGCCAACAGUUCGCAUACAACGAAGCCUCGUUCAUGCUUAUCCGCCUGCUGCAGAGCUUCUCAUCCGUCGAGCUAGCGCAAGAUGCUCAGCCUUCGGGCACCAUCCCUCCCGCAUCAUGGGCCUUGGUGAAGGGAAUUCAGUCGACGGAGAAGAUCAUGCCCAAAUCUCAUCUGACUAUGUAUAUCGAUGGCGGACUGUGGGUAAGGCUCGGUGACGCAGUUGAGGAAGCCAAGGCUGCUGUGUAAGUUAUAUCCGUGCGGGGCUUCCCAUCUCUUCGAUGUAUGUUCUAUCUAGCCGCUACUGUGUAAGUUACCGCUGCGCGAUCCCAUUCGGGAAACCACCUGGAUUCACCUGUG